CUCCCUUCUCCCGAAGUGGUCGUCUCAGUGGUCGCGAUGGGGAAGUCAGACUUUCUUACCCCCAACGCCAUCGCUAAUAGGAUUAAAUCCAAAGGGCUUCAAAAGCUGCGCUGGUAUUGCCAGAUGUGUCAGAAGCAGUGCCGGGACGAGAAUGGAUUUAAAUGUCACUGUAUGUCAGAAUCUCAUCAGAGACAACUAUUGCUGGCUUCAGAAAAUCCUCAACAGUUUAUGGAUUAUUUUUCAGAGGAAUUCCGCAAUGACUUUCUAGAACUUCUCAGGAGACGCUUUGGCACCAAACGAGUCCAUAACAAUAUUGUUUACAAUGAGUACAUCAGCCACCGAGAGCACAUCCAUAUGAAUGCUACUCAGUGGGAAACCUUGACUGAUUUUACUAAAUGGCUGGGCACAGAAGGCCUGUGCAAAGUGGAUGAGACCCCCAAAGGCUGGUAUAUUCAAUACAUAGACAGGGACCCAGAGACCAUUUGCCGGCAGCUGGAGCUAGAGAAGAAGAAGAAGCAGGACCUUGAUGACGAAGAAAAAACUGCCAAAUUUAUUGAAGAACAAGUGCGAAGAGGUCUGGAAGGGAAGGAGCAGGAGGCACCUGUCUUUACGGAAUUAAGCAGAGAAAAUGAUGAAGAGAAAGUUACAUUUAAUCUGAAUAAAGGCGCAUGCAGUUCAGCAGGAGCAGCAUCUUCCAAAUCAAGUUCCUUGGGGCCAAGUGCACUGAAGACUCUCGGGAGUACGGCAUCAGUGAAACGAAAAGAAUCUUCCCAGAGCUCAGCUCAGUCUAAAGAAAAGAAGAAAAAGACAUCAGCACUGGAUGAAAUCAUGGAGAUUGAAGAGGAAAAGAAAAGAACUUCUCGAACAGACUAUUGGCUACAACCUGAAAUCGUUGUGAAAAUUAUAACAAAAAAACUUGGAGAGAAAUACCAUAAGAAAAAGGGUAUUGUUAAGGAAGUAAUUGACAAAUACACAGCCGUUGUAAAGAUGAUUGAUUCUGGAGACAAGCUGAAACUUGACCAGACUCAUUUAGAGACAGUAAUUCCAGCACCAGGAAAAAGAAUUCUAGUUUUAAAUGGAGGUUACAGAGGAAAUGAAGGAACUCUAGAAUCCAUCAAUGAAAAGACUUUUUCAGCAACUAUAGUCAUUGAAACUGGCCCUUUGAAAGGACGCAGAGUUGAAGGAAUUCAAUAUGAAGACAUUUCCAAACUUGCCUGAGUUGGAAAAUUUGUUAGCAACGCAUUAAAAUCCUAAAGCAUCACAUUGGUGUUUGCCAAAGUAUUAUGAGACUCUACUGUGUUAGGGCAUUUCUUUGUAUAAAACAAAUAGCUUUAUUUAAAUAUUGUUGUAUAAGUGUUUAGCUAAAUUUUAGAAAAUUAAUUAUGUCUCCUAAAUUACCAGUUUUGACCUUGCUUAAUUUUGUAUAAUUUUGACCUUUUUUUUCUUUGUAAUACUUCUUUGAUAAUUUUUUAUCUUCAUUAAAAAUAUUGUAAAGUGUUUUAUAUGAGCCAAUUUAGAAUCCUAUAAUUGGAGGAAAUCCUUCAUAUAUCUAUAAACUUUAUAUUUUCAGUGACAGAUUAGUAAUAUUGAACUGUAAUGUAAGUAUAAUUAAAAUUUUAAAAACUAAGCUAUGAUAGCACCUUUAUUAUGAUAUGUCACACAUUGUAUAUAUCACCCAUUGAGAAUACACACUUCAUUGGUUUCUAGUAUAUUUACAGAGGUGUGUCACCAUCUCCUCUAUCUAAUUUUUGAAGAUAUAUUUUGUCACCCACAAAAGGAACCCUAUAUAUAGCCCAUCUCCAUUAUUCAACCCAUGCCCAUCCCUGGCAAUGACUGAUGGCCUUUCUAUCUCUUUAG